AUCUCUUCUCUCCCUCCCAAAUUUUGUACUCUCACUUCUCCACUUUAAUUUUAAACACACACACACACACUCUGCUACCGGAGUUUCUAUGGCGGCGGCGGCGGCGGAGUUAACCCCGAAGACAACCCUUCACUCGCGAUUCUCUUACGUGUCAACCCGGCUCGCGUGUCACCGCCGUGUCAACCUCAGACCGGUCCCGGUUUCCCAGAAUUCAAGAAUCAGUUGUUCCGUGACAUCCAAUGAAGUGCAAGCGCCGGUGGCUCUGAAUAUAGAGGACGCCAAGAAGAAACCGGAAUGUUUCGGUGUCUUCUGUCUCACUUAUGACCUCAAAGCUGAAGAGGAAACGAAAUCAUGGAAGAAAUUGAUUAACAUUGCCGUUUCGGGUGCUGCCGGGAUGAUAUCCAAUCAUCUUCUCUUCAAACUUGCAAGCGGAUCGGUUUUCGGCCCCGAUCAACCAAUUGCAUUAAAGCUAUUAGGCUCCGAAAGAUCCAUCACAGCACUCGAAGGAGUUGCAAUGGAACUGGAGGACUCUUUGUUUCCUUUACUGAGGGAAGUGAGCAUCGGAAUCGAUCCUUACGAUGUAUUCAGAGAUGCAGAGUGGGCCCUUCUGAUUGGAGCUAAGCCACGUGGGCCCGGAAUGGAACGAGCUGCCUUGUUAGACAUUAACGGCCAGAUUUUCGCUGAUCAGGGAAAAGCUCUCAAUGCCGUUGCGUCUCGUAAUGUGAAAGUGAUAGUUGUCGGCAACCCUUGCAACACCAAUGCGUUGAUCUGUUUGAAAAAUGCUCCGAAUAUUCCCGCGAAGAAUUUUCAUGCUCUGACUAGGUUAGAUGAAAACAGAGCAAAAUGUCAGCUGGCUCUGAAGGCGGGAGUAUUUUACGACAAAGUAUCGAACGUGACCAUUUGGGGAAACCACUCAACCACUCAGGUCCCGGAUUUCUUAAAUGCUAAAAUCGACGGUUCACCGGUGAAAGAAGUUAUAAAAGAUACUAAUUGGUUAGAAGAGGAGUUCACGGAGAAAGUUCAGACGAGAGGUGGCGUCCUUAUUAAGAAAUGGGGGCGAUCCUCUGCCGCAUCCACUGCUGUUUCGAUUGUUGAUGCAAUCAGGUCACUCGUGACCCCGACACCCGACGGAGAUUGGUUUUCAACUGGAGUAUAUACGGCUGGAAAUCCGUACGGUAUAUCAGAUGACAUUGUCUUCAGUAUGCCGUGCAGAUCUAAAGGAGAUGGUGAUUAUGAACUUGUCAAGGAUGUAGUGUUUGACGACUACCUUUGGAAUCGAAUCAAGAAGACAGAAGCAGAGCUACUUGCUGAGAAGAAAUGUGUAGCCCAUCUCACUGGAGAGGGUAUCGCUGUGUGUGAUCUUCCUGGAGAUACAAUGCUUCCAGGAGAAAUGUAAAGCGUCUUUUAGCAGAGAAACCGCACCGAAGAAAUCGAACAAAUGAACAUAUGUGAUGCGACAUUUUUCAUGUGAUUAUUAUGUAAGAAUCGACCGAAACAUUUGUGCCUAAUAAAUGGCAGGAUUUUGAAUCCCACCAUUUGAUAACAAAAUUGAACUUAUUUGCAGCCCCUCUCUCUCAUGUUUAUAGCAUGUUACUGCCCUUUGUAAGCCACAGUGGCCACUCGGUUAUUAUUUUUACGCUGUGCGGCGCAAUAUAAAUUACUCUUUGUAUUUUUA